CGAUUUGCCCAGACCAUGAUUUUUGCAAUUGAAGAAAUAAACAAAAGUGAUUUUCUUCUUCCCAAUGUUUCAAUUGGAUACCGUAUUUAUGACAACUGUGGUUCAACGUUGUCCUCAAUGCGUGCAGUGAUGGCCCUAAUGAACGGCGAUGAAUGGACUGCAGGAAAGAGCUGCUCUGGUCAAUCAGCUGUUCAUGCUAUAAUCGGAGAGUCUGAAUCCUCCUCAACCAUUGUGCUGUCACGCACUACAGGACCUUUCAAAAUACCAGUGAUAAGUCAUUCAGCUACUUGUGAGUGCUUGAGCAGCAGGAAAGAGUAUCCCUCAUUCUUUCGAACUAUCGCCAGUGACUUUUACCAAAGCCGAGCCCUCGCCCAGCUGGUCAAACACUUCAGCUGGACCUGGGUCGGGGCGGUCAACAGUGACAGUGACUACGGUAACAAUGGUAUGGCUAUCUUCCUCACAGCUGCCCAAGAGGAAGGCGUGUGCGUAGAAUACACAGAGAAAUUUCACAGGGCGGAACCAGAGAAACUAAUGAAAGUGGUUGAAGUGAUCCGUAAGAGCACUGCCCAGGUCAUUGUAGGUUUCCUGGCCCACGUGGAGAUGAACAACCUCCUAGAGCAGUUGAGUCUGCAUAACAUCACAGGCCGACAGUUCAUUGGUGUGGAGGCCUGGAUCACUGCUGACAGCCUCGUGACUCCUACCAGCUUUAGCGUGCUGGGAGGUUCACUCGGCUUUGCUGUACAAAAGGCCAAUAUCAGUGGUCUGGAUGAUUUUUUAAUCAAAGAUUUCUGGGAAAGAGCGUUUAAGUGUAAUGAGAGAAAUGGAGACAGCAUGACAGAAACAGCACCUUGCAAAGAAAACCACGAUCUAGUUGAACUAAAAGAUUAUAAUGAUGAUGUGACAGAGCUCAGAUACUCCAUUAACAUCUACAAAGCCAUCUAUGCUGUGGCCUAUUCUCUGCACAGUAUGCUAAAGUGCUCAAACAGUCAGGGAUGUGAUAAGAGUGUGAAGGUUACACCCUGGCAGGUUGUGGAGUCUCUAAAGCAAGUGAACUUUACGAUUAAGAAUGGGGACCAGGUAUGGUUUGACAGCACCGGAGCAGCUGUGGCCCGCUACGAGGUGGUGAACUGGCAGCGUGGAUCAGACGGGUCGGUCCACUUCAAACCUGUCGGUUACUAUGAUGCCUCCCUGCCACGUGGACAGAAGUUUGUCCUCAAAACUGAAGCCAUAAUGUGGCCUGGAGGAAACACAGAGUUGCCUUUGUCAGUGUGCAGUGAGAGCUGUCAUCCAGGAACUCGUAAAGUCCUUCAAAAAGGAAAGCCUGUCUGCUGCUAUGACUGUUUACCAUGUGCGGAGGGAGAAAUCAGCAACAGUACAGAUUCUAACAGAUGCAAAAAGUGUCCUGAAGAGUAUUGGUCCAAUCAAAACAGAGAUGCAUGUAUUCCAAAAAAUGUUGAGUUCCUCUCCUUCACUGAGGUUAUGGGUAAAAUACUUACAUUUUUCACUUUGUUUGGGUCACUCCUCACCUUAAUUGUAGCAACUCUAUUCGUGAUCAAUAAGGACACUCCCUUGGUAAAGGCCAAUAACUCUGAGCUGAGCUUCCUGCUUCUCUUCUCCUUGACUCUGUGUUUCCUGUGCUCUCUGACCUUCAUCGGCCGGCCCUCUGAGUGGUCCUGCAUGCUGCGACACACAGCAUUCGGCAUCACCUUUGUCCUCUGUAUCUCUUGUGUUCUGGGGAAAACUAUAGUGGUGUUAAUGGCCUUCAGGGCUACACUUCCAGGCAGUAAUGUGAUGAAAUGGUUUGGGCCAACACAGCAGAGACUCAGUGUUCUGGCUUUCACUCUCAUACAGGUUGUGAUCUGUAUACUUUGGCUGACAAUCAACCCUCCAUUUCCCUUCAAAAAUAUGAGCCACUACAAAGAGAAGAUUAUACUUGAGUGCGCCCUGGGAUCACCUAUAGGGUUCUGGGCUGUGUUAGGAUACAUAGGACUUCUGGCUGUCCUGUGUUUUGUUCUUGCGUUUUUGGCCAGAAAGUUACCUGAUAAUUUUAAUGAAGCCAAAUUUAUCACCUUCAGCAUGCUGAUAUUCUGUGCAGUCUGGGUCACCUUUAUCCCAGCUUAUGUCAGCUCUCCAGGGAAGUUCACUGUGGCUGUGGAGGUAUUUGCUAUUUUAGCCUCCAGUUAUGGGCUUCUGUUCUGUAUAUUUGCACCAAAAUGUUUUAUUAUUGUCCUCAAACCUGAACUGAACACAAAGAAACACUUGAUGGGGAAAGCAUGA